AUGAGUGUCAAAUCAGUGGUACUGCUUGGAGCCGACGGGACACUGGGGCCUUCCGUCCUACGCUCCCUGGUCGAAAAUGGCUUCAAUGUCACAGUAUUGAAGAGAAAGUCAUCAAAGUCGCAGACAGCUUAUCCUAAUCAAGUCUUGGUGUCGGACUCCUUCGAAGUUGAAGAGCUCGCAAGAGUGUUGAGCGGCGAAGACGCAGUGGUGGUCACGAUCAAGGGCAGCGAGACAGCCCUUCAAAAGCGUAUUGCGGAUGCAUGUAUCAAAGCUGGCGUCAAACGCUUCAUUCCUGCUGACUUCGGCUCUGUGGACUCUUCGAGCUCUCUGACCAAGGAGCUUGUCCCAUUGUAUCGCCAUAAGACUGAGUUGCGAGAGUAUCUGAUUGAGCUAGCUUCAAGACAUCCUGACUUCACCUGGACUAGUCUCGUCUGUGGACAUUUCUUCGACUGGAGUCUCGAGUUCCUGCAUAUCUGGUUGAAGGAGAGGAGGAUGGAGAUUCUGGAUGACGGCGAGGCCAAGUGGUCUGCGAGUACGUUGUCCCAGGUUGGAGAAGCUACGGCACGAAUCCUGCAGCGACCCGAUGUGACUAAGAACCGGAUGAUCUAUGUCCAGAGCUUCUUAGUGUCUCAGAGUGAGGUUCUCGCAUCCUUCGAACACGCAACUGGUCAGAAGUGGACUGUACAAAGACAUGAAUCCAAGCAGUACCAGAACGAGGAGAAGAUGAAAGCUGAUGCGGGAGAUUUGGAGGCGGUGGAAAAUCUCGUCUGGCUACUUGGUGCCAUCGACGCCAACUGGGAGUUGAGGAAGGACUUCGCGAUGCAGGAUCUUGGCCUCAAGAAUGAGGACCUAGAUCAGGUCGUGAGUAAUAUCGUGAAGACCUUUGAUCAGGCAUGA